AUGAAAAGAGCUUCCAGCACAAGUUCUGAUAGUCCUGCCAAGCCCCAGGUACUUCGAAUCAAAAAUCCGGAGAAGAAGAAGUUUAAAAAGGAGGCACUUAACUCUUUUGAGGACAAAUUAGUAACUGUGAAGAGUCGCCCUCAAACUGCUAAAAUUAGUGAUAAAACUUCUAAGAAACAGGUGGAAGACAAAAAGAAAAUUGUGGCUCCGAAAUCGAAAGCUAAAGGUGAAUACCAAAAGCCAGCUCAUAAAAAGCCCCUCCCAAGUACUGUGCAGUCUGCAUCAACUGAAGUCACUUCAAAGAAGAAGCGCAGGCGUAGUCGUAAGCACAAGGCCAGUGUUCCCGCCAGUCAGUACGUAUCAAACGCCCAUCAAUCCGCCACUAAACGAACCAGGGUCGAGUCAACAAUUGUCCCCCGAAAGGGCACUUCAGCUUUUGAACCAUCAACCAAGCGACUCAAACGCAAGGCCGAAGAGGAGGCUUCUAGUGACAGUGAACCCGAGCCUAUUCAUUCCGAUUGGCGGCUGAAUGACAGUGAUGACAGCGAAGAGGAGGUGGAGAAAGAUGUGAAAUUAUCUUUCGGGGAUGAUGACGAAGUGGAUUUAGAUACUUCAGAGGAUGAUAUUGACGAAGACCCCAUUGAAAUCUCCCAAGGUUCUAGUGAUGAGGAGGACAGUAGUGAGACUUCUGAAGACUCUGACGGAUCGGAUUUAGACUCCGGGGAAAAUGAUUCCCAAGACAUGCUUGGUGAAGUUGAAGAUAGUUGUUCAACUUCCCGAAUAUGCCUAAUGGAUGUUGAAUAUCCGGAAAGUGAUGAUACUGAUUAUGAUUUUGUUCCUUACAAAGUCUCCUUUGGUGAAGAAGUCGAGAGUGAUUCAUCAUCUUCGAGUUACCUUGUGAACUUGAAGCAUCGGGACAGUGAUGAAUCUGAUGCUAAUUGUAUUCCUAUGAAUUUAUCCACAGGUUGGUUGCUCGCCUAUGUCGCUAUGUUACGGUCCCAACUAGACCACCUGGAAAGCGAUGAUCCGGAGGAUUUAACUUUCAUUUGUGUGGAAUCCUCCUCAGAUGAAGAGACAAAUUCCUCAGAGACUUCUGAUACCUCGGAGGAGGAAUCUAGCGAGGACUCAGAGGAAACAUCUACCGACGAAGUAUCUCUGGGUUUCCGUCGUCGUCUUUAG